AUGGCUGUCAUGACAGCGAGUGGAGGAGUUCUUAUCUUACUCUGCAUCUACAGCACCAAUAUUGUGUUCUCUGGACACACAGAGAAAGGAGUGGCUCCUAGUUUCAACAGUGAGCAAGAAGAUGUGGUUGUCUUUGCAACCAACGCAGAUGGAUCUAAUUCAGAUCUUAGCCUACAAUGCGAUGUUACCGGGAACCCUACACCUACCGUGACUUGGUGCAGGGGAGAUGUUGUGGUUGACGCUGGAUUUAUGCUGUCAAAUGGUACCUUCUUGGCACAAAAUAUCACUGAGGGAGAAUAUGCUUCCACGGCUGGAGUAAUCUAUCACUGUGAGGCUACUAACAUCAUUGGAGAACCUGGCUUCAAUGCAACCAUCCGCAGUAGAGACAUCACUGUCCACUAUGCAUUUUUCGGUGGCUUUAUGCCAGCUGAGACAGUGCAUACGUUUAUACCAACUGCAUCUGCUACUUCUGGAGCUGGUAUCGACAUAGCUCUUGAGUGCAAGGUUGGGGACUCGCAGCCACCUCCAGACAUCGUGUGGUAUCAAGACGAUACACUUUUAGUCGAGAACCUGGCACUAAUGCCAUAA